GAACCACAGCAGAAUAACACCAUGUCAGAACCAGCAAAAAUUUGUACUACUCUAUUACUCCUUCCAAAUUUUCUCUCACCUUAUCUCCCACCUAAUCCAUUAAGAUGACUUCAUACGGUACCACAAUUUUGGCACACUUGUUUGGCCUUCUUGCUCUCAUCCUCUUGCUUGUUUGGUUGCUGAAUUAUCGCGAGGGCAUUGAAUAUGAUUCUGAAAAUCCACUUCGUGUUUUCAAUGUUCACCCUUUUAUGAUGUUCUUUGGAUUCAUUUUCCUUAUUGGUCAAGCAAUACUGUCAUACCAAACGGUGCCAGGGCCACACGAAACAAAGAAGAUCAUUCACUUGACACUUCAUUUCAUUGCAAUAAUUCUUGGGAUUGUUGGUUUAUGUGCCGUUUUCAAGUUCCAUGAUAUGGUAUACUGGGAGGACGUAACCAGCCUCCAUUCAUGGAUUGGCAUUGGCACCUUUUGCUUGGUUGGCUUGCAGUGGCUUAUGGGACUGGGAUUUAUGCUUCAAGGAUCUUCACAAUCAAGGAGUGCAAUGGCCCCAUGGCACGUAGCAGGUGGUAGAGCACUAUUUUUCAUGGCAAUAUGUGCUGCACUAACAGGGUUGAUGGAGAAGUAUACUAUGUUAAAACCCGCCCUACACCAGAGAGAAUCUCAUUUAAUCAACUUCACGGGUCUAGCUAUUCUCUUGUUUGGAGUCUUUGUGGAUAUGGCAGUGGGUUUGGCCCGUUAUGCCUGAAAUAUUACUUCAUUUAAUUUUCUCCACUUCCAUGUACUUUAUUCCAAUUCGAUUGAUCCAGCAUUUCUACAUUUUUUUAAUUUUUAUUUUGUUAUUGUGUUUUUAUUUGCUGGAAAUGGCUUGUGUAAUUUUAUUUUUCUUACUAUCUUUUGGACUUUUGUGGGAUAUAAGUUGACUCUUGUGGAAAUGAUUUGUUUUCAUACUAAAACAAACAAGUUGGUUCUGUGUGGU